AUGAGAAUAGUUUUUCUCCAAUCAGCCAAGGUGAACUUCAUGGAUAUCACCAAGAUCUUCUCCCUCCUGCAGCCUGAUGAGGAGGAUACCGACACAGGAGAGAAGCAAGCUCUCAAUCAAGCAGUGUACAACAAUGAUUCCUAUACUUUGGACCAGCUUUUGUGCCAGGAGCGUUACAAAAGAUUUAUCAACAGUAGGAGUGGCUGGGGUGUCCCUGGGACACCCUUGCGCUUGGCUGCUGCUUAUGGCCACCUUAGCUGCCUGCAGGUCCUCCUGGCACAUGGUGCUGAUGUUGACAGCUUAGACGUCAAGGCACAGACACCACUUUUUACCGCCGUCAGUCAUGGCCAUCUGGACUGUGUGCGUGUGCUUUUGGAAGCUGGUGCCUGUCCUGGUGGUAGCAUCUACAACAACUGCUCUCCUGUGCUCACAGCUGCCCGUGAUGGUGCUGUUACCAUCCUGCAGGAGCUCCUGGGUCAUGGUGCAGAGGUCAAUGUCAAGGCGAAACUACCAGUCUGGGCAUCGAACAUAGCUUCAUGUUCUGGCCCCCUCUAUUUGGCUGCAGUCUAUGGUCACCUUGAUUGUUUCCGCCUACUUUUGCUCCAUGGGGCAGACCCUGACUACAACUGUACUGACCAGCACCUAUUGGCUCGAAUACCACGGCCCCGCACCCUCCUCGAAAUCUGCCUCCACCAUAAUUGUGAGCCAGAGUACAUCCGGCUGUUAAUUGAUUUUGGUGCUAACAUCUACCUUCCAUCUCUCUCCCUGGACCUGAACUCGCAAUAUGAUAAAAGCACUGCAUUGCUGGUACAGGCCCGAGCCACUCCACGGUCACUACUAUCACAGGCUCGUUUAGUUAUCCGCAGAUCCCUGUGCCACACCAGCCAGCCACAAGCCAUCGACCAGCUGGAUAUUCCCCCCAUGUUGAUUAGCUACCUCAAACACCAACUGUAAUCUUGCAGCCUGCCCAGAAACCUACAAUGCCUCCAAGAAAUCACCUGGGGAUCCACGUAGCUAGAGGGAACUACAGCUCUAUGCACUCACCCAAAGCUGCUCUCCUGUAUUAUCCUCCACAAUAAAAUCCUCAGAAAAUAAA